UUGUGCCAGUAGCGCCUGCUUGCGUUGACGUAGGUGCGGCCGCGGCAUGCCGCUUACAUCGGCAGUGUGUGUGCGUUGCUCAGUUCUGGCGUGUUUUGUGUUCGGAGGCGUCUUUGUGUUUGGUUUGCGUGUUGGCCUCGUAAGCGUUUUAAUUUUAGCCGUUGUUGCGUUUGUAAGGCCCACGUGGAAACAACUUGCGAAUGUGAUACUGAACUGCGGCGAUGUGAAGACAGCGCGGAUGACUAGUAGUGAGUGUGUGACGCCCAUGAUUCGACGUGCUAGGUUAUUUCGGACUUUGCAGUCGCCGAAACUGAAAUGGCUCAUCAUUGCUUCCGCUGUAGUAUUACUCAUCGAAACUACAGGACUGUACACAAUGUGUUGGGAAACUUCCUACGCACAAUUUACCUACCCACUGGAAGUGGAUGUACCCGAACUCUUACGUGCUCUCGAGGAUGGCCGCACGCCUGCUGUCCAGCCUAUCAACUCCUACGAAAGCUACCGCUUCAAAAUUCGCAACGACCGCAAGUGUGCGGAUGUGAACGGCACUGUGCGGCUGCUUUUACUUGUCAAGUCCGCGUUGAACCACAGAGCACAGCGGGAUGCCAUCCGUCGGAGUUGGGGCUUCGAGUCCCGAUUUUCAGAUGUCGUCAUACGGCGCAUUUUCAUGCUCGGCGCUGGCAAGCCGGAGACGCAAGACGAAGUUGACGCCGAGUAUGCUCGUCAUAGAGACAUCGUUCAGGCAGAUUUCGUUGACGCCUAUUACAACAACACUAUCAAAACAAUGCUGGGACUCCGAUGGGCAUUUCAGCACUGUCAGAAAGCUGAAUUCGUGUUGUGUGUAGACGAUGACUACUACGUUUCCGUGAAAAAUCUGCUCAAAUUUAUUAGAAAUCCGUGGGGCUUGUCGGCCGUGGACUCCGAAGAAGAGAACACACCUGCAGCAUUUGUUGGAGAUGGUCGUCUUUGGGCAGGCUAUGUAUUCGCCCGAUCGCGACCUAUGCGGCAUCGUUGGAGCAAAUGGUAUUUAUCGUUGGAUGAGUACCCCUUCUCGCGAUUUCCGCCUUACGUGACAGCGGGCGCAUUUGUGCUCUCCCAGCCGGCACUGGUAGAUUUGUACCAAGUGGCCCAGUAUACGCGUCCGUUUCGUUUUGACGACAUAUUCCUAGCUAUUGUGGCACGGAAAGCCGGCCUGCAGCCGUUGCAUAGCGACGCAUUCCGUUUCUGGGGCAGGCCCGAGUCCCCACAAGACUUUGAGGGCUUGGUGGCUGCUCAUGGCUUCAGUGAUCCUGAAUUAUUAGUGCGUGUUUGGGAGCAGCAAAAGAGUCGUGGCCAAGCUUGACCAAAGUGUACACAUAGGUUUUCAGUGACACUGUCCUUAGCUCUGGACUGUGUUGUAUUGUUUACUGUGACAAUAAAUUCUUGUUGGCUGUUACGUUUGCUG